AUGAAUAAAGAUCAAGUGGCCCUGAUUGGUCAGGUGUUUGAAUCCUAUGUUUCAGAAUACCACAAGAAUGAAGUCUUACAGAUCUUGAAAGAAAGAGAUGAAGAUAAUCACUAUCCUGUAGUGGUUGAUGCCAUGACUCUUUUUGAGACGAACAUGGAAAUUGGGGAAUAUUUCAAUGCAUUCCCCAAUGAAGUACUCCCUAUUUUUGACAGUGCCCUAAGAAGGGCAGCCCUGACAAUUCUACAGUCUCUUUCACCACCUGGGGAAUUUUGUAUGAAGCAGAAUCUUCAUGCUAGGAUAUCAGGUCUACCAGUCUGUCCUGAGCUGAUGAGAGAGCGUAUUCCUAAAACCAAAGAUGUGGGACACUUUUUAUCUGUCACUGGAACGGUCAUUCGUACCAGUAUGGUGAAGGUCCUGGAGUAUGAACGGGAUUACAUGUGUAACAAAUGCAAACAUGUUUUUGUUGUCAAGGCUGACUUUGAGCAGUAUUAUACAUUCUGCCGUCCAUCAUCAUGCCCCAACAAAGAAGGCUGCAGUUCUUCUAAAUUCACCUGUCUCUCAGGCUCAGCAUCUUCUACACGCUGUAGAGAUUAUCAAGAAAUAAAAAUUCAGGAACAGGUCCAAAGGCUAUCUGUAGGAAGUAUUCCACGAUCUAUGAAAGUCGUCCUAGAAGAUGACUUGGUAGACAGUUGUAAAUCUGGUGAUGACCUCACCAUUUAUGGGGUAGUGAUGCAGCGGUGGAACCCCUUCCAUCAAGAUGUUCGAUGUGAUGUGGAGAUAGUCUUGAAAGCCAAUUAUGUCCAAGUGAACAAUGAACAGUCCAUAAGCAACAUCAUUGAUGAGGAAGUUCGCAAGGAAUUUGAGAAUUUUUGGAAACAUUAUAAGAAUGAUCCCUUGGCAGGAAGGAAUGAAAUCCUGGCUAGCUUGUGUCCUCAAGUUUUUGGGAUGUAUCUGGUAAAGCUUGCUGUAGCCAUGGUGCUUGCCGGUGGCGUCCAAAGGACUGAUGCUACUGGAACAAGGAUCCGAGGUGAAUCCCAUCUUUUACUGGUUGGAGACCCUGGUACGGGGAAAUCUCAGUUUCUCAAAUAUGCAGCAAAGAUUACUCCGAGAUCUGUGCUUACCACGGGAAUUGGAUCUACCAGUGCAGGCUUGACAGUGACUGCUGUGAAGGAUUCUGGGGAAUGGAAUUUGGAGGCUGGAGCAUUGGUCCUUGCAGAUGGAGGUCUUUGCUGUAUUGAUGAGUUUAACAGCCUCAGGGAGCAUGAUAGAACCAGUAUCCAUGAAGCAAUGGAACAACAGACUAUCAGUGUUGCCAAGGCUGGCCUUGUAUGCAAAUUGAACACAAGAACCACCAUCCUGGCAGCCACCAACCCCAAAGGCCAGUAUGACCCCUAUGAGUCGGUCUCAGUGAAUGUGGCCCUAGGAAGCCCGCUCUUAAGUAGAUUUGACUUGGUCUUGGUUUUACUUGACACCAAAAAUGAAGACUGGGAUCGUAUAAUUUCUUCUUUUAUUUUAGAAAAUAAAGGUUGCCCAAGCAAAUCCAAAAAGCUCUGGAGCAUGGAAAAGAUGAAAACCUACUUCUGCCUCAUUAGGAACCUACAACCCAAACUGUCUGAUGUGAGCAACCAGGUUCUUCUCCGUUACUAUCAAAUGCAGCGCCAGAGCGACUGUAGAAACGCAGCCCGGACAACUAUCCGCUUACUGGAAAGCUUGAUCCGCUUAGCAGAAGCUCAUGCCCGGCUGAUGUUUAGAGAUACGGUGACGCUGGUAGAUGCUAUUACAGUGGUGUCCGUGAUGGAAUCCUCAAUGCAGGGAGGUGCUCUUCUGGGAGGUGUGAAUGCACUCCAUACAUCCUUUCCUGAAAAUCCCCUGGAGCAGUACCAAAUGCAGUGUGAAAUGAUUCUGGAGAAGCUGGAGCUUCAGAGUCUUCUGAGUGAGGAACUAAGAAGACUUGAUAGGCUAAAGGACCAAAAUUCACUCAUGUCACAGCCUGGAGAGAAGGGAGUAGAAACUACUUGCAGGUCUUUGGGAAAUGAUCAGAUGGAAAAACCAGAGUACGUAUUGCAGCCCAACCCUUCCAAACAACAAGAAGCCAACUGUAAUGGACAGACCUCUUCUGUUAGAGAAAAGGCCAAGAGCAGUACACACUUCAGGUCCCCAUCACACCAAGGGAUAAGUGAAAAGAGAAGGACAGAAACCCGCGGAAAGCCUAACCAGAAAGACAGAGACACCGGUUUGAACUGGUUUGACUCCAUGGCAAGUGAGCUCGUAGAAUCUGAAAACAACUUGGCUCUGUCUCCUAUUUCCAAGAUGACCAAGGACAGUGUGGCUUCAUUGGCACCCAAUGACAAAUCCCAUGGCAAGGGAGAAAGAGCAAGGAGCAAAGCGGAAACUGACCAGCUUCCAGCAGCAGCCGAUACAGAUGCUCCAUUGGUACUUAAGAGGCCUUUUCGUUUUGCUAAAAAAAAACCCAACCAGUCAGAAACAGUUACUGAAGAAGCAGUGUCUCCAGAAGAGCCUGACUCAGUGAUUACUCAGCAUGUCCCUAAGAGACAGCAGAAAUCCCAGGAAUUCUCUGAAAAGGCACCAGACUCUCAGAUCAUUUUGCCUCUUCCUCCUGCUGGGAUAACUGGGGAAGUGUUAAAUUCAGAAUCUGGUUUAACUCUCCCUCAUCAUCCUCACCUUACUCCCUCAGAGAGGACUCCUUCAGAGGAAAGUCUGGCAUCGGCCAUGAGAAAAAGACACAAAACUGAGGAUGAGGUAGAAAGGAUAACAAGGAGUUCCUCUGCUCGUGAGAGUGAUGAGGUUCCAGGUCCCCCAUUGGCAAAGCUGGCCAAGUUUACAUUCAAACAUAAGUCAAAGUUGACCCACUCUUCUGGAAACAACAACCACGCUCCUCUUCCUGCCGCAUGUAAAACUUCAGUGACACUUCCUGGGAUUUCUAGCCAUAGAACAAAUGAAGGACAGCCGAAGGAAGAAGAAACCUGCCUCAGGAAGGGUCCAGAAAAGCCAGUGUCUGUUUCUGGGAAGAGAAGAUUGAUGGAGCUAAUGCACAGUGAGACUAGGGAGGUGGCACAGCAGCCACAAAAAAAAGAUGAGGCAAGAGAAUCUGGCCUGGUCACUCACACUAAAUCUGGGAUUGAAAGCCAGGCCAACCAUUGCCUCUUGGCUGGUGAGAGAGAGAAAAAGGAGGAUCCAUCCAAUCCUAAAAGCAAGGUUCGAGCUUGCACAUUAGCUAAAUUAGCAAGCUUCUCCUUUACUGGCCCUUCUGAAUCCAAACCAGGGACCCCACCCACUCCUGGCAACACAAACUCUAGCGAGGGCGGCCUGAGGCACCCUCCUACAAGCCCAGCUGCAGCCCUUGGCAGAAGGAAAACUUUUCAGUUGGAGGGGGCUGGAGAGAAAGCUGUCAUUUCAGGAAAAUCUCUCUUUACCUUAACAGACCUAGAUGAUGAUGAUGAUGAUGCAUUAGAUUUUGAUUGGGAGGAAGAAAUGAGGAAGAACCCCAAAUUGUAGGGUUACACCAUUCUUCCUUCAGUAGAGCAGCUGCAGAGUGUCAGUGAUAUGCUCUCCUGUGACUAGCAGCAGAGUCUCCAAUGAAGGAGAGACAGGACCCUCAUCCCUGACACUCCAUCAGGCUUUUGUGAUUUUCACUUUGAACUCCUGUGUGCUUCUACACAAUUUGAAAAAGUGACGUGGUCAUUUUAAGUCAGUCUAGUGGCUUCUGCUCAUAAGAAAUAACUCAGUGACCUUGUUCUUAAUUCUGUUAACAAACCACUUGUGUUCCAGCAGAUGCUUUCUGCUGAGUUAGCCUCUCCUGGAUCGUUUAUUUCAGUCACUUGUUAACAAGAGCUGAGGACAGGAAAAUAGCAAACGAACCUUAAUUUUUAUCUUUCUACAUCUUGAUUCUUUGGGUUAUAU